AUUUGUUUUUUUGAUACAAAGAAAAUGCAGAUCAGCAAUUAAUUGUAAUUAAGUUCGACUUUACAGUAAGAAAUAUCUAUAUUAUUAAGAUAAUUACUAAAACAGUUCUACAUUCCUUAACUAUUAUAGUUUUAGUUAAGUAUAUACAGCAAUACUAGUUAAUAACUUGGAUUUGCAAACUAAAGUGCAAAUUAAAAUGACUAAUUGAUCAUCAAAGAGGAAUAUUAGGAAGAAGCCUAAACAAACACAAAGAAUACUCCAUGUAUGAAAUCAAAGUUUCAGACAAAAAAAAAAAGCAAUUCUUCAGUUUUGCAUAAAUUAGAAAAUUCUUAGAAAUAUAAUGAUCAAGUGAAAUCUAAAAAAGUAAUAAAAUGA